GACUUUAACAUUAAGUUGUACUCUGGCAAAGUUUGGCCACACCUAGAUCCUGUCCUACUUCCACACACACUAAAAAAAUAAAUUAAAAAAAAAAAAAAUAAAAAAGCGAGAAGGAGAGGGCUUUUAUUUUUUUUCCUGCGGUGCGUUUGUUUGUGUGACGGCGAGUCCCGGCGGUGUAACCGGAGAGGGGCCUCAGAGAGGGAAUGCAGGACUGCAAUGGAGCACAAUGCAAUACAGUGGUUGGGUGCUCCCUCCUGCCAGAGAGGCAGCUACGCCUUCUACAAGUCGGUGAGCAGCCGAGCUCAGCCCGACGGGCCGGUCCAGGUGUGGAGGCUCGGGGAGUUCUACUUCAUCCGCUGUGGACCGCAGGACCCCGUCUGCAUCGCUGAGGUGACUUUGUUGUGGGAGGACCAGACGCAGCGCCACCUGUUGGCCAGCGCCAGACUCUACUUCCUUCCUGAGGACACGCCGAACGGUCGGACCAGAGAGCAUGGAGAGGACGAGGUUCUGGCCGUGUCCAGGAAGAUGGUGCUGCGGGUCGAGGACCUGGUGCGCUGGACGUGCAUGGAGCCGGCCGGUUGGAGCAAAAACGUGAAGCCGCAGAUGGCGCUGUGUGGGAUGAACGGGGUUCACAAACCUCUGCAGAGCAACGACGGACUCAACAACAACACGAGCAACACGAUCAACGAGCCGCUAAGAGACAAAACAGACAACGAGCAGUCGGACUGUCACGCCGUUAAAGUCCUCAGCUACCCGCAGUACUGCCGCUUCCGCUCGCUGCAGAGGCGCAUCCAGGACAGGGCGAGGGGGGAGGGGCUGCAGGACCCUCACCUGAUGGCUCUGGGCGGGGUCAAGGCGUCGGCCAGCACCCGACUGAUGUACUGCAGAGACACCUUCAACCACCCGACGCUGGAGAGCAACGCCAGCUUCACCUGGCAGUUCAGAUGUCCGUCUCUCAGUCUCCGAGGUCGACCUCGAAAGAGAAAAGGACGAGACGGCAAAGAUUCGCCAACGUCCUCCCAGACAGAGUCCUGGAUCGACAGGAUGAAGGAGAACGUGAUGGGCAGCGUGGAGACGGGCUGUGAGGGCGGCUGGCUCCCUCACCCUGAGGAGCAGCUCUUCCUGGACCAGCUCUUCUCCUUCAUGAGUCGCAGCGGCUCGCCCAUCCACAAAGUCCCAAACCUGGGCUUCAAGAAGAUCGACCUCUUCCUCAUGUACUCGGUGGUGAAGAGACUGGGAGGACACAAAAAGGUGACGAACGAGCGAUUGUGGAAGGUGGUUUACAACGAGCUGGGAGGAUGUCCGGGCAGCACCAGCGCUGCUACCUGCACCAGGAGACACUACGAGAGGCUGCUGCUUCCCUACGAGGAGCACCUCAGAGCGGGAGGAGGAGGAGCAGAGUUCAAAAUUCCAGACCUGCCGUUGCCCCAGAAACCCAAAGGGAUCAGAGGAAGGAAACCGCUUCCAAGAGGCAGAAAACCUGGACCCAAACCCAAGGAGAAGAAGAUCAUAACUCCUACUCCUCCUCGAACUAUCGUGACUCCAAACGGCACCGUGGUGGUGAAGCGUGGUCGCGGUCGGCCGCCGGGAACACGGAACAAGUCGACGCUGAUCGCUCAGGCCAAACUGUUGGCUCAGCAGCAGGCUAAAGCUAAAGGAGCAGCAGAGAGUCUGCAGCAGAGUCCUCUGCUUCCAUCCAGAGCUGCUGCAGGAGGAGGAGGAGGAGGAGGAAGAGCAGUGGGCAGCAGCACACACAGGCCCAUCCAGCCGGUUGUCCUCCCUCCCAACAUGCCCCUCACCCCUGAGCUCUCCCCCAUGUCGGCCCCCUUCCUCCCAUUCCCACCCAAACUGAAGGAGCUGAAGAUGGAGCGAGGCGAGUCUGCAGCCCCAGGCGUUCUCCUCUCCACGCUGCCUCGACACUUUGUAGGCGGAGCUCUGGGCGGGUUCAGCCCCAUCAAGGGGGUGUGUCCUCUUGAUGUCUUUAGAAACCGCCUCAGCCUGCAAAGAGGCCCCGAAAGUCCCGCUCUGACCCCCCAGGACCCCACCCAGCACCUCCCUACUAUCUUCACCCUGCAGCCAAAAACAGGAAGCCCCGACACGCCUCACCCCAGUGGGGAGCAGCUUCAACCUCAGCCCCACCCACUCCACUCGCAGCACACGCGCUGCUCUGGCUGCAGCACGGACGACGGGGUGCAAAAAGGAGGCGGCCGGGAGGCCAGGACCCGACACCCUCUGCCCCCCCUCAGAGUGCUGCCUCUGAACCUGGACUGCAGCGUUCAGGUAUGUCAGCUCAUGCGGACUCGUCUGGGCUCCACUCAGUUCCAGACCUUCACCCGCCGGCUGUCCGAGGCGCUGUCCCAGGACGUGAGCGCCAAGCCGCCCUGCUCUCCCAUCACGCCUCCCCCCGAGCAGGCACUCCCACUCAACCUCAGCAAACGCUUCCCCACCAAGAGAACCAGCACGGAUGCACCGGAGCAGAAUCCAGCAGGCGUCAACGGGACCACAGAGCAGCCGAUGUCCAAGAGAGCCAGACUGGAGCAGAACCAGGACUUCAGCAGUUCUGCAGGAGGAGCAUCAGGAGCAGGAGUCAAAGGAGAGCAGGAGGUGGAGACCAAGAACCAGGAGGAACCAGCAGAUCUGAGCUCCCCCAGCAGGAUCAGAGCCUUCCUUCUCGGCCUACCACCCUUCCAGGUGAAACUGGAGGAGGAUCUGAAUGGAGCUGGGCCCAAGUUUGGAAAGUUUCUCCCUUCAGGAUCUAGAGCUGAACCCACGUGGACCGAGACGGAGCACGGAGAGGGAGUGAACAAAGAGGUAAAGGAGGAGGAGGAGGAGGAGGUGGCGAAAGAGGAGUCUGAUCCCACACCGUGCUCUGCUCCUGCUCCUGCAGAGGUGAGGAGCAGCGGGCCUUCAAACACAGACACGCACUGUUUUUAGCUUUAUUCUCUCUUUAUCAGCAGAAAACUGAGUCGGGUUUGGAGCAGGGCGUGGCUUUGGUUUUGUACGCCGGAUGAUGUUUAAGCCUGAACUCACAGAGCGAGAAGUUUCUUUUCUUCAUCUUUCAGAACUCUAGACCUUCACCUUUUUGUCCUUUUCUUCUUUUGGAUAAUGUCGUUCAUCUUUCCAGAGGAACGGCGACUCAGAGACCCUGUUUGCACCUUGCAUUAACAUCCAUCGCAGGUGGUCAGAUAUGUAGUGAUGACCCUGAAGGCUCGGUGUGACAAUCACUGAUGAUCUGAUAUGUCAUUGCUCUGGUCUGGGAUGCCUUCACCCGGAUGGAUUUAAAACUUCGGAGCUCCUCCUAUCUGACGUCAUCUAUGGUAGUCAAACAGCAGGCGUCUUUACAUCCAUGCAGGCUGCUGGUUGCUUGUCUUGAAUGUCUAACUCCACAAGGUUAAUUAGCUAGCUGCUAAAGAGGUGCCACCAGCCUCCUAGCUUGUGGCUAGGUUAUGGAGUCAUUAUUGUUACAAAACUCAAGAGACAGCCACUUUGUGCAAAGAUGUUCUCCGGCCCUAAACGCUCUCAACUCUUCAGUCGCUCACUCAGAAUGUUCACUUUUCAUUCACGGUGCCUCUGCGUGUUUGUUAACUUCCUGUCUCUAAUUUUCCCUGUGUGCUUGAAGAGUGAAAAACUUGCUCUGUGCAAUGCUAGAGUACUUCUGACCUCAGAUUUUCUUUGAACCACUCAUAGUAAACAGGAAAAGGGGGAAAUGGGAGGGAAAUGGAGAUGUGUCUGCUUAAAGUUGGAAUGUUGGACUUGUUAGAAAUCAGUAUUGUUUGCUAAAGACACGGUGGACCAUGGGCACUGAUGUGUGCUCAUAAAUCAAGGUUCCUGACUUUUUAUGAUUUGAAGUACAAAACCUGGCAGCACACACAGACACAGUUUGGCACGUGCUUAAAGAGAGUUUCUGAUGUGCACAGAGAAAGGGUCCUACAUGUUCAAGAAAAGAAAGUUUCAUUCACACAGUGAAAAUCAGAGAACGGCAGUUUCACAAAAGCCCACCGACAGGAGAACGUUUUAAACACGAGUGAGGAAAUUUUUAAGAGCAAGACGACAUUUGAGCUCAAACAGAGAAAAUUGAAGCACCAGGAGGCAAAUCUAAGCCCAUAAACUCUCAAAAUGUUAAAAUGCACUUUUGAGUGUUGUGACAAGACUGACUCUGUACUAGGUAGCCGAGCGUGCUAUGUGCAGUGAAGCUGCUAGUGCUACUAAUAAUGGGGGUGACUAAGCAACAAGCUAAGAGGCUAACGGCACCUAGCAUGGUCACACUUUGCUUUAAACUGAGUUCUCAUUAAACUAGCUUGAAAUGGCUAGCUCAACUGUGCUAGCAUCUUAGCUUGUGCUAAGAGGCACAAGCUAAGAUGCUAGCAUAGUCAUGAUUUCACCACCUUUCUUUUGCGCUGCCAGCAGCUUCACUGCACAGAGCAUGCUGGGAUACGUAGCCACCUACCUACAGAGUGAAUCAGCCUAAAACUCAGAGACCAGCAUGGCCUCGUUAACCGCUUUUCUCCCUGUCAUAAACAUGCAUCUAAAGGAAACGAGGAAAUACGCUCUGCAGGAUCCUGUUUAGAAUAAAAUGACUCCAUAGUUCAAGACAGGAAGUGACCAGCGAGGCCAGAGACACGUAAGCGUCGGCUGCCUGUGCUCUUAUUGGCUAAGCAGAGAUGUUAAAGCCGUGUGAACGUGGUAUCUGACUACUCUGCACGGAUGUUGAUGCAACGUACAAACAGCAUCCUGAAAGAAGAAUGACGACACAGAGACUCAUGACAAUCACAGCUCAGUUUCUCUUUUCUUUUUCAUUUAUGUAAGAAAACAAACAAAAAAAGAAACAGAGACUCUUAACACUGCCAUAACCCUCAUAACACUAUCAGCUCCUUUAUUCAAUGUUCCACAGAAAUGUUGAAUAAGAUCCAUAUUACUGAAAUGAAAACGUCAAUCAUUCAUCUAUGGGUGAUGCUAUGCAUCAAGACUUCAUACGUUAGCUUCUAGAGUGUACUGUAGUUUGGUAGUUUGAUUUUUAAAUUGUACUCUACUUCUGUAGAGAGAUAGUUAUUUUCUGAUAAAGUGUCUGGAUGUAUCUGGAGCUCCUCAGUCUUCACGUUAUAGCUCGUUCAGUGAAGCCUUUCUAUAGUCCUGCUUGUUAGCUCAAAUAUAUUCACUUUUCUUACACGUACGUGCCUUAAACAGCCUGCCAUGUGUGACGCUGCCGCCGCCGCAGGCUUCAGAACCAUUCAGUUAAAGAGAUACCUUGAUGUUGGACCUCUUUAGUCUGUCCCUCCUGAGCAGGGCUGCUGUGUAGCGGUUAAACCUCCACCAAAUCAACGCCUUUCUGUCAGACGGAUAGACAAAGACGGAUCUUUGUAUCGGCUUUUCCUUCAAAACCACAGGGUCCUCUUUAUUAACAGUCAGUGGUAGAAACCAAGAACUGAUGGAUGCAUGAUGCACGCUCUGGAACCCCGCCUCGCCGUCAUCCACGCCGCUGUGGACCGUCAUGAGCUGACGUCCAUCCUCCAGGUUUUCACUGCUGAGGGGAUUUCUUAUUGGUUUUAAAAUGUAGCCAGAACAUUCAGACUACCUCAUGUGGUUACGUUUUAAUUUUUACCUGCUUUAUCAGGCGCUAUCCCAUCAUGCAUCACAGUCAGAUGUAACAUGGGAUGCAGUUGGGCGCGGCUCUAGGUAGGAGUCCUUUAAGUUUUUCAAACUGAAGGAAAAGUAAAGAAUAAAAUGAUGAUCAGGCUUACACUUGAAUAUGAACUCUGUCUAUAAGCUGUUUGUUCACCGUGAGCUCUGAGUGGAUCUCAGACGGAGAUUUAGCAGAGAGCAUGCUGGGAUUCAGGUGAAGUUAUUCUUCACUAGGUGGAGCUGUUAGAUCGUUCUGAUGCAGGACGCCACGGUAGGAGGUGGACCAUGGACCUAAAGACUUGUUAAGGAUGAUUUUUGUACCUCUCACAUGUCUUAAUGCUUCUCAUGAAGCUGCAGCCUGAUGCUUGCUAACGUAGCGUAGCACACAGACUGGAAACACAUGGAGAAGUGAAGCCUAGCGAUGCUUGCUAACGUAGCGUAGCACACAGACUGGAAACACAUGGAGAAGUGAAGCCUAGCGAUGCUUGCUAACGUAGCGUAGCACACAGACUGGAAACACAUGGAGAAAUGAAGCCUAGCGAUGCUUGCUAACGUAGCGUAGCACACAGACUGGAAACACAUGGAGAAGUGAAGCCUAGCGAUGCUUGCUAACGUAGCGUAGCACACAGACUGGAAACACAUGGAGAAGUGAAGCCUAGCUGCAGCCUGUCCAAAGAUUUAGAGAGGAAUUAUAAUUAGAAGAACUUACAGACUAGUGUGUCGUAAAUGGUGCAGCAAGGCACACUGGUGCGCCCUCACGCCAGCCUCAGUGCACCAUGGGAAAUUCUAUUGUUCCUUCAACAGCUGAAGUUGCUCUAACCUGAUUUAAAGAGGCUGUUUGUGUGGGUAUGGUGCUCUGAGAGUUUAAGGUUAAAGCUUCUGUUAUAGACUAAGGUUUGUGUAGCAUCAGGGACCCAGGUCCACCCAGACGGUGAACCUCAAACUCUGCCAGCGUGAACACGAGCGUUCUACGCCUGAGUCCGUAGCAGGAUUGGUGUGAACUGGAGCACAGGCCAGGGGACGGGUGAACCGUGCCCGAGUAUGGACACUCAUCAGUGAGAGAGGUGUGAAGGUAUUUUUGAACGUCUUCUUUCAAAGCGUACGUAUCUGCGUAAGAGAAUAAUGAUAGUUUGAAGUCUCAGAUAUUACAGAGCAGGAAAAUAGAACACCUGACAUUUUUACAGAACUGCUUUUAAAAUAACUUAAUAUUUAAAAAAACACAUUUAUUUCCUUUUUUAGGAAAUAAAAAUCCUUCUAUAAAUUCUAAUAGUGGCACUAGUGUAAACUUAGAGGCCUUUCUGCAGGCUUUUUUGUAAAUCUUUCAGGUACAGCCAUGAUGACUGCCUUUUAUUAGGGACAUUAGUGUCGGCAUAUUUUAAAUAUUCAGCCAAUGUUUACAUUAGGGCUGAACGAUCUGGGAAAAUAAUCUAAUUGCGAUUUUUUCACCCAACGUUGCGAUUGCAAUUUUACAUGUGAUUAUCCUUCAGGUUCCUCAUCUUAUAAACCAUUCUACAUUAUAACACACAAAGCUAUUUCACCCAGAAAUUUAUAUCCAAUCUCCCAAAAUCAACAAAUAAAAUUCGCUUUUGCUUGUUCGAAAACAAGCAAAAUUCUAAGAAAAUAACUAGAAAUUAAAAACCCGCCCCACCACCCAAAAAAAUUGAAUCAAAUUCCCCCAAAAAUCAAAUAAAUUUCUCAGAUUUUCAUGAAAUUACCUA